GUCACUUAUAACAGAUCUGGUUACUGUGUGAUUGAGGAUCUCGUAGGAUCAGAGAGUAUUUAGAGUUUAGACGUUUUGGUUUAAAAAUAUAUUAUAAAAAUGGAAACCAUACAAUCCACGACACAGAGUGCUUAUAAAUGGGUACAAAAACUAUGGAGAGGAAACAAAGAGGAAGUGUCUUCAUCUUAUUCCAAAAGCACCGGUAACGUUAAAUUUCCGGGACAGAAAUUUGCUGCUGAGCAUAUUUCGACGUUAACAGCAGGAUCAAACUUUGUAAGAUUUGCUGGUAUUUGUGGAGCCACUGCAGUAGUAAUGGGGGCGUAUGGAGCACAUGUGUAUUACCCAAGAAAAGAUGUUCCUGAUGAACUAAAACAAGUGUUUGAAACUGCAAACAGAUAUCAUUUCUUACAUAGCCUUGCCCUUUUAGCUGUUCCUCUCACAAGAAAACCAGUUUUGGUUGGAACUCUAUUGUUACUUGGAAUGGGAAUAUUCUGUGGUUCCUGCUAUAUCUAUGCAAUCACAGGAAACAAACAUGCUGGAAAGUUCACACCGUAUGGUGGGAAUCUGCUUAUUCUGGGCUGGCUGGCUAUGCUCUUGUAAUCUUCUGAAAAUAAGUGUUUUGAUUACUCUUUUAGUGUCUGAAGCAAGCUUUAGGAAAUACUAUUCCACUUGUACAUUAACCUUAUAUAUUGUAUUUUGAAUCAGUAUAGUGAAACAGUUGCCAUAAGAUGCAUGUAAUAUUGAAAUGAUUACUUCCGAGAUGAUAACUCACCUCUUCACAUAGAAAUGCUAUUUCUCUCAUGCGUCUGCCUAUGUGAUUUGCAUGCCACUAGCCUUGAGCUAACUCCCAUCUAAAAUCAGAUAUUUAACAUGAACUGUGCUGGUGUCAUCAUGCAACAAUAACCCUCCAUCAAUAGGAGAGCAACACAACCUUCAUGCUUAGUAACUCCUUUAUGCUCUUGCACUUAUGAUAACUUCAUUCUUUUCCUGGGCAUUACAUUGAAUAGACAUGUUGAAAGUUCCUCAUCUGAGUUCAAACUGAUGAGAUUUACAUUUCUUAAUGAAACUUGGGAUUUUCUUUUUUUUUCAAAAUCUUUAACUCUUUUCAUGAAUGCUCAAGUGAUAAUAGCUUCUACUUGUCCUGUGUGAGUGACAUUACAUGCACAGGCUCUCUUUUUCCUAUGGCUUCUUGAGGAUCGUUAGCUGUUGGAGACGUUUUAUCCUUUGUUCAUUGUGUUGUGGAUUACCUUAUGCUUACUGUGUCUCCUCCUACCAUCCUUUCAGCUGAUGUUCUUUCUUCUCAAUUGUAAGUGGGUAGUUGGAUGAUUAUUUUAACCUGAUUUGCUUUGGGUAAUGCCUCACUUAUCUAGGAAUGUCCUCAAUCUUCCAAACUCCUUCUGGAUAUGCUUUCUCAGGUAUGUUCUUUUCAUUAUCUUUUACCUGCAUCUUUUAAUAUUUCCCGUUCUUUACUCCAUAAACCCAGUUAUCACGAUUGCUUUGUCUUUCAUUCUUUGCAUGACAUUAGGGUUUAUAGUUUCCUUUCUCAAACAGCUCUACUCUUGCACCCACAUGCCUCAUCCCCCUCAUGUUUGUGACUCCUUUGUUAUGAUACAGAUGUCACAUUCCAUUAACUUUUCCUUCAGGCAUUUUCUGAAGGGAGCUCAUCUAGUUAAAAUUUUGUACUGGCCACUUCACCAUUUCAACGUGGGAUUGUAGCAUUUCUGUGUGUGGAAGUGAGUUUUCUCAGAAGUUAAUAUUUUUCUAAUCCGAAAUUAUAUUUCCGAUAGAUACCUCUUCACACAGUCCCAACCGACCUCCCCACUCCUGGUGUGCCUUUUUCUUACUUCAUCUAAGAAUGAAGUUAUCAUGAGUACAAGCUCAUAGUGGGAGUUACUACGCAUGGAGGGUGUGUGCCCUCUCUUGUUGGUGGAGAUCUAUUGUUGCAUGAUGACUUAAUACACCAGCGCAGUUCACGUUAUUCAACACGUGAAUUUAGGUGGAGUUAGCUCAAGGCUAGUAGCAUGCAAAUCUCACAGGCGGACAGAGCACAAGGAAAUAGCAUUUCUUUGUGAGGAGGCGAGUAUCUAUCGGAAAUGCAUUUUCAGAUUAGGAAAAUGUUAACUUUUGCUAGAUUAUAACCAUGGAUACUACAUAGUGUAGAUAAAAUAUUUGAAUAUUAAAUUUUACUUUUGAAA